CACAGUGAAGUAAAGAUGCCUGAAUCACCAGUAGAUCAAACCUUAACCAAAUCCAUAGCCCAGCCUAGUUCUUUAGUAGGACCGAACCUACCAGUCCAUCCUAGAUCACACUCAACAAGUUCAUCUACAGGUUCAAUAGUGAAUGGCCUGCAUUCACCAAGGAGUAUGAAUGGAACCCCUUCGCCACCGACAGGUCUAGGGGGUGUGGCUGUCUCGGCUAUUCAAGGUGUACCAGCCAAUCAGGAAGUCCCUGCUGCAUGUGGAGCUCGUCAACUCAGUAAACUCAAGAGAUUUCUAACGACGCUCCAGCAGUUUGGAUCUGACAUAUCACCAGAGAUUGGGGAGAGAGUUAGAGGUCUUGUUAUGGGUCUCGUGAACAAUGCUCUAACUGUAGAAGAAUUCCACAACAAACUGCAGGAAGCUACCAAUUUUCCGCUCAGGCCAUUUGUGAUCCCAUUUUUAAAAGCAAAUCUACCUUUGUUGCAGAGAGAGUUGAUGCACUGUGCUCGACUUGCCAAGCUUAGCCCUCAACAGUACUACCUUCAACAUGAACAUCAACUCCUGGAGCCAAAGACUAACAUUGUUGAUCCUACCGAACAUCUGAUGGAGGUCAAUGAGAAUGGGAAGAGAAAGACCCCAGAAGAGAGGAUGAUAACAAGGCCAAAGGAGAAUGGAUCUAAUGGAGGAGAACGUCUAGGGGAGGGGCCUCACCCCAAGAGACAUUGUAACGUAGGAUCGCCCACACACCCCAACUUAGCUUACCCCCCUAUGAAUAAUUUCCCCCAUUCCCUAUCAGCAGCUCAUCAUGCCUUUAAGGUAGAGGAGCUAGGAACCAGUCAGGGGGCUGGCUUUGCUAGAGACUCAAGGGAUCUUAGGGAGAUGAGAGAAAUGAGAGAAAUGAGGGAACGCUUUGAAAGGGAAAGAGAACGAGAUAGACAUACUCCUCAUGGUAAGGAAGCCUUUCCACCAUUCAGGGAAGUUUAUCCUGAUCCUAUCUUAUUUGAAGACAGAGUAGAGGAUGACUGGAAACAUGUUGAGACAAUGCUGCAAUGCAUUAUUGGUAUGGUUGAGAAGACCAAACGAGCAUUGGCUGUACUACAUCAGCGCAGCAUCCAGGAUCGUGAGGAGCUAGCUCACUGGAAUAGAAGACAAUCUUCACAGUCAGGUGGCAAUGAGUCAGGGGGUAAGAAGAGAUCUGAUGAGAUGAUGGCUCAGACCCUGAGACAGACUGAAGACAGAGUAACAGAGGUCAAGAGACGAGCAGAAGAAGCUGUGAAUGAGGUGAAAAGACAAGCAGUAUCUGAGUUACAGAAGGCUGUAGCAGCUGCUGAACGUAAAGCCAAUGAGAUGGUUAGUGCUGAAAGGUCCAAGUUAGAUCGUGCCAUCAUUGAGGCUAGACAACAAGCUUCAGAUGAAGCUCUUGGUCUCCUUAAUCAUCAAGAAGAUUCUAGUGAGACUUGUUGGAACUGCGGUCGUAAAGCCAAUGAGACGUGCAGUGGAUGUAACACUGCCCGAUACUGUGGUGCCUUCUGUCAACACAAAGACUGGGAGAAUCAUCAUAGGAUGUGUAGUCAAUACGCUAACACCCCUACUACAGGUGGUCUCCCUGUACCAGGAUUUCUGGUAAGCUCUUCUGCUCCUUCGUCAAUGCCACCAUCUACCAUAUCAGUGGCUAGUCCUUCACCAGCUGCUCUCAAGAGUCUAACCCCCGUGGUGGUUACCACCUCUGCAGCGACGGCAGCAGUGCCACCCUCGGCGCCCACACCCACAUCCGCUGCAAGUCCCACUGGAUCGCAUCACUCCAAUGCAUCCAAUCGAUCAGGGUCCCCGGUAACCGCAUCAUCCACUGCCAUCCCUCAGGAAUCAUAGCAGGACUAGUGACAAUCUUGAGAAUAUUGACUUUUUAUUUCUCAUCUUUGGAAUCUGAUUUCACCACAAAGAUCCUGAUGGAAGUCCCAGUGUGAACUGUUUAGACAAUGGAAUUCUUCUGAGGACCAUUUUAGACUAAUUGGACUUAGAUCCCUGGCCCACCCUUGUGAAGUAAUUUUGAUUGGAGAUAUGUAGCAUCCUGCCAAAUUAUUUGGGUGGAGAAAACCAAAUCCAUCCAAAAGAUUCCCAAGGGUAAGACAUGAAUUAACAUUCGUCGCUCUUCACGAAAUAUCGGUCAUUGGAAGCCGAGCUUUCAGAUGGGUAAAUAUACAGAGCUCAAGUGCUAAUUUAAUACAUGUAUGAAAUUAGUAAUAUAUGAAGUAGAAAUUGAUCAGUCCCAGUUUGGGUUUGAAAAAUAAUUAAUGCCUUCAAUAGCAUGGUAGGCAGCCAUUUUGUUAAUGAAAUCUGUAAUUUCAUGGUCCUUUUUAAUAUAUUGUGAUAUCGUAUAAGAGUAGGGGGAAACCCCGGUGUAGCGGUCCACCUGCAUUCCCCCCAAUCAGUUAUAUCGGGAGGAGAGACCUGCGGGUCAUAGUGAUUCAGUUCGCUUUUCGCUUCCCAGGCACAGGUGACGCCAAACAAAUAAUAAUAAUGAAAUGAAGAUCUGCUGCCUUCAUAACUAUUUCAAAUACAGAACUGCCCUCUCUUUAUCUAUGUCUUCAUUCUGCAAGAAAUUUAUCCACAUUGUGCUGCACUUAACCCAGGUGUGGCUAAAUGUGUACCAGUAAGAUUAAUUCUUUGAAUGCACCAAGUGCUGCUGAUUUAGUGGGAGCUCUAGCUUAAGUCAGGGUAAUAAUAGUUGUGCUUUGUAUCCUCUGGCAAAAUUAUUAAAAAGAAAAUUGUGUUCAUAAAAAGGAUAGGAAUGAAAUGAUUCUAUUUGAUACAUUACUUCUCAGAUAUGAUUCUGGAAAUUUGAUGAUUCUCUAUCGUUAGAGAUGUAAUGCAAAUUGUAUGAAAAUAAACAAAGAUAAUGUUUUUAUUUCUCUGGCUAUGCCUGCAAUGAAUAAACAUUCCAUGUCAACUUUUAAUUUGUCUUACAUUGAUGUUAGGAUAUGCAAUGUGAAGAUUCAUAUGGAAUUGCAAUCAAACCUCCAGACAGACUUGAUGGUACACUUUGUUUUCUUAUUGAUUAAACCAUGAUCUUAAGAUUUGAAGUUUGUUGGUAUGUUAAUUACUGUGGAGAUUGAUGUCUACAGGGUUCAAUUGUUUUUAUGUAAACACCCUGGUAUGUCAUAUGUUGGCAAUUUGUGAUGAACUUCAUGUAGUGUUUCAAGCUCUCUUAUUUUUGUAGCUGGAUGAUAUAGUUAUCUAAGUGUUUCUUUUAAAAAGUAAUCACAGAUCAAAAGUCCACACAUGGUUGUUAUAUAGUUGCAAAUUUGUAGUGUGGGUUUUGGUGUAUCUCUGUCCUGUUUGUUCACACAUUUGUCAUUCUUUUUUCUGCUACUUAAUGCCCCCUUGUUCAUUUUCAGUAUUUAAAAGAUUUUGUUCUCACAAAACUUUUCUCUUGCUCAAUAUUCUAUUACUUUUCUCAUAAUUCUGGUAACCGGAUGUGAUUUCUCCUUUAUGUGUGAAGUUGUAUUUUGAUGGUCAUAAAAUAGAAUAUUUUUGUAGCAAAUUUUCUAGGAAUUUAAUAUUGCAACAUUUCAAGAUAACACCCCAAAAAUCAAUAGGCAAAUGCCCAUUACCUCUUCACUAACUUUUUUUGGACAAAAUUGUGCAGCACUUAUACUUUCACUAUUCAAUUUAAGAGGAAACUGGAUUAUUGUCACUGUUAAAAAGUUUAUUUUUUUUUUAAACACAUUUCUUUUGUCACUUUGAAAUUUCAAGCAUAUUAUAUUUGUGGAUUCCGGUUUAUGAUUUUCCGUGGCACAUCGAUAUGAAGAUCCAUAUACCACCAUAUAUUUUGUUUAGUUUGAAUAUGUAGUGUUUUUGCAUUUAUUAUAAUCCUGUAUAUUGUGGCCAAGUCAUGUGUGUGAUUAUUGGGUUAUUUAUGUCAAAUUCCUUUUACUCUUAAAUGUCAGUCUCUUGUUAAAGCCCAGCUUUAGUUUUAGGUAAAUUCCCCCCAAAAAUUACAUUUCACUAUUUCAUUUCAUUACAAGAUUAUAUCAAUCCAUGUGCCCCCUAACAGUUGUGGUGUGAAGGAUAUAAAGUGUGUUUUAUCUGAGAAAUUUACUGAUUUUACUUCAGAUUUUAAUUUGAUCGAGUGACCGAUCAAAAUAGAAUACCUACAUAUUUUGGCUUUUUUUUAAAUAUAAAAAUAAAACCCCUUCUCAAGUAUGGAAUGAGCUGAAAAUUUCAGGAUAUAAUCUUUGUCAGUAACUUUUUAAUAUCCAGUUACUAAAUAUGUAAAGUGCUCAAAUUGCUAUUUUAAGUUUAAAAAACAUUAUCAAUUUUAAAUCAUAAUGGGCAGGAAAAUGCAAUAUUUAAAUUCUAAUGGGUGAAAAUGCAUUUAAUGACUUAUGUUCGAUGAUGCACUCAAGUAUAGUUAUCAUUUCUGACCCUUUACCAAAUUGAAAGACUUGCAUUAAUUCAUUUCAAUUCUCUUAUCCUUUAGAGACUUGUAUUCCACAGUCCAUCUUAUGAAUAGUUUGUUUGAUAAUACAUUACUUUUAAGCAAUUGGGACCAAAUUCCACUCUCAGGACUUUGUAUGGUCUGAUAAAAUAACUGCAAUUUACAUAAUUUGUUGAAGGUGUUUUCAUUGUUAGAGUACUGAUGCUAAAUUAUUUUAGUCAUUUUCACUUAAAACGUAGAUCCUCUUCUAGUUUUUUCCAUCUCUAUAAAGAAAAAGAAUCACAGUGGGCAUUUUAGAUAUAAUUGUAAGUUAAAGGAAAUAAAUGAUUUUAUGUGGUAGUUAUAGUUGCAGAUAUGUUUAGAUGAUGCACAGUUUAUCAAUAUACUAAGUUUCAAACAAAAUUACUGCAAUAUAACAUGGACAUUUUUUGUGGAAAACUAUCUUAAAUGUUCCCUCUGGAACAAGUUGAAUAUGUACCAAUAUUAAACCUUAGUACAUGUUUGUAUGAUGAUUCUUUUUUAAUUGUACAGCAUAUACAGUUAUGCUUUGUGAGUUUGAAUGUAUCAAUCAUUUGAGGGAGUUUUGUUUUCCCUUGUAUAUUUCUUGACCAUGUAUGGGUCAUUUCACUCUGGUAAUAAAUGUAAAUUAUUGUCAAA